AUGAAUCAAGUUAAGAAGGAUUAUAUGCUGGCUCCGGCUGCCUCUGCCCCAGACCAGGCAGAUAGUGGGUUGAUUGAAAGAUUUAAGAUACUUGCGCCUCUAGCAUUCUUUGGGCAUGGAGGAGUAGAAAAGGCUAAAAGAUGGAUGAGGCAAGUAGAGAAGAUCUUUGAAAUUUUACAUUGUUCAGAUGAGAAAAAAGUUAUAUUGGAUACCUUUAUGAUGGUAGGGGAUGUUGAGCAUUGGUGGAGUUCCGUGAAACAGUCUUGGAUGGAGACUGAGAUUGCUGCCACCUGGGAGAACUUCCUAGUGACAUUAAUGAGAAAGGCGCAUAAGGCGAGCAAAUUUGAGAGGGGCCUUAAGCCAGAUAUCCGAGGGGGAGUGAUGUCAGCUAAUCUUAAGACAUUCUCCCCAUUGAUGGACCUAGCUACGAAAAUUGAGAAGGAUUUUGAGGAGUUCCAGCUGAGGAAGGAAGGGAGAGUAAGGCCCCCACCAUCCGAUAAUUUUGGGACUAAGAGAAAUUUUAGGGGAAGGAUUAAUCAGGGCAACAUGAAGGCCCAGAAGACUUUCUCAAGUGAUGUGAGGGAGAACCAGUGCCCAGCAUGCUUGUACUAUGGGCGGAGCAACCACUCUACAACUGAGUGCCAAAAGAAGAUGAGAACGUGUUAUGAGUGUGGCAAGCCUGGCCACCUGAUCAAGGACUGCCCUGUGACGAAGCCAGAGAACAGACCGAAGACUCAGGUGUUUACACUUAUGGGGGACUCUAUGGAGACUGAUAUGGUAUACAAACAGUGUGGGUUUUUUCUUGAAAGGUGUGUCCUACCCAUAGACUUUAUACUUUUAGAUAUUCAGGAUUUUGAUGUUAUUUUGGGAAGGGACUGGUUGUGCACACACAUUGCCACUGUUGACUGUUAUGAUAAGAAUGUGACCUUUAGACCCCUGACCGAGCCUGAGCUGCACUUUGUUGGUAUUAAAGAUGCUUCCCCUCUUCACUUUGUUUCUGCCCUUAGGGCGCAACGUCUUUUGGCUAGAAAGUGUGUCAGGUAUUUAGUCUAUGUGGUAGAGAAUUGGGGUGUCCAGUCCAAGCUGAAAGAGGUCCCAAUGGUUAGAGAAUACCCUGAGUUUUUUCUCAAGGAGUUUACCUCUUUGUCCGCAGUAAGGAAGAUAGAGUUUGAGACAGACUUAACCCCGGACACUGCUCCCAUCUCUAAAGCCCAUAUCAGAUGGCACCACCAGAAUUGA